CGAUGACGACCGUUCGAUCGGGCGGGCGCCCGCGCGUUUUCGCUCACUCCGGAGACUAUCUGUAUGUACAAGACCCGCUGGAACGUUGGAAACAGCUGGAACGGGCCCCCGCCAGGACGACUUCCCACUUACAAGGAUGCGACCACCCGCAACAGCUGCUGCUGCUGCUGCUCGUCUCUCAAAUCCUCGCUGCUUGUCGCCGCUUCCUCCCACCACCGCCCUCUGUUGACUCGCAAGCCCAAAACGAGUAUCUUCACUAACAACAAUGCCAAAGUCCGCAAAGGUAAAGUUCUACGCCGUCAAGCGGGGCAAGCUGCCCGGGGUUUACGAUACCUGGGAGGCAUGCAAAGCCAACGUGGAUGGAUUCAGCGGAGCUGUGUACAAAUCCUUCAACUCUAGGGAGGGGGCGUUGCAAUUUGCUAGGGUCCAAGCAUCGGGACCGGGAUCGAGUGUAGGGGCGGUGGCUGUCAAAGAGGUGGAUAAGGAGGCGGUAAAGCAGACGUAUGGCGCACCACCUCCAGGGGCAACGAAGGUUUCGUCAUCAUCGGCACCGGCCGCCCUUCCAACAGAGUCAACCCCUCAGCAGGAGGCCACCACCGCCGCCGACGAACAACCCGACGAAGAAACCGACGAAUUCGGCUACACAGCCUCCGACGACGAAGCCUGCGCCACCAUCGACCUCUCCCCAUCCUCUACGGCGCCCGCUUCCAGCGCAAUGAUUACCACCGCUACCUUGACCACGGUGAUUACCAUCACGUCGGGCACACUGACGACCACCACCCUCCCCCCCUCCUCCUCCUCCUCUUUACCCCCACUCACGAUCUUCACCGACGGCUCCUGCCUCUCCAACGGCACCCCCUCCGCGCGCGCCGGCAUCGGCAUCUAUUUCGGCCCCUCCGACCCCCGCAACACCGCCGCACGUCUCCCCGGCACAACCCAAACCAACAACCGCGCGGAACUCUUCGCCGUCAUCCGCGCACUGGAGAUUGCGUUGGAGAACGAGCCCGGGAGGGGCGUCGUCGUGUAUUCGGAUUCGUCGUAUAUGAAGAACGGGAUCGAGACGUGGGUGCGAGGGUGGAUGAGGAGGAAGUGGAAGACCAGGGAAGGCAAAGAUGUGUUGAAUAAGGAUCUUUGGGUUAGGUUGGAGGAGUUGAAGGGGCGGUUUCCUCCCAAGGGGCUUGUUUUUAAAUAUGUACCGGCGCAUGUAGGCAUACCAGGGAAUGAAGCCGCCGACCAGCUUGCGAACAGAGGGGCUAUGAUGGAUGUUGUGCCAUGACCCGACGCGACAACUAGGGGGUGAUCGCUGACUGCGGAACCAGGGAGAUCGGUUGUGGGGAGAAAUUUUUUUGAAACUAGUAACUUAUGUUAGGCACGUAGGAUCGUGGAAAAUGAGGAAUGUAUUGACAGGCGGUUCUCUUACGUAUAUAUGUGGGAGACGAAAGUAUGUACACAGAAUGAACAG